AUGGACUACAUGCAACAAAAUGCUUUUGCAUUUGCUUCUCAGCCUCAGCCACAAUUCCUCUACCAACCAGUCCAAUAUCCCACCUUCGUGACCCACGGCCGGCAGCCAGUUGAUGAUUUCUAUAUGGCCUACACCGGAGCUGAGUACGCUGACUUCAUGGAUGCGGGGAUGAUGCACGAUGAGUUCGGAGAGACCCAGGAGAUCUCGACACGACCAAGACUCACCAAGGAACAAGCUGAGAUCCUCGAAGCCCACUUUCAGGCGAAUCACAAACCCAGCUCCCAACUGAAGAGGGAAUUAGCGAUCCAAACAAACUUGAAACUCACGCGGGUCGGGAACUGGUUUCAGAAUCGACGGGCAAAGGCAAAGCAGCAGAAGAGACAGGAAGAAUACGAAGCCCAGCAUGCAGCAGCCAAGACUGGAUCGAAAGAGCCAAGAGGCCUCGAUUUGUCGGAAGGCUCAGCACUAGAACCUACCUCUCCCAGAUCGUCUGUUGCUUCACCCACGAAGAAGACAAGCAGGAAUUCAACCUCGGUAACGAUUUCGACCGGCCAGACACCAACUUCGCCCGUUAAAGUUGUCGAAGACUCCAAGGAGGCAAGCUGGAACUCUUUGCAACGUGCUUUAGGACAGGCUAAAGCAGCACAAGGUCAGCAGACAGCCCAAGCUCAAUCUACUAUGUCAUCUCUGGAAAUCCCUCCACAGAAUGCAGCUAUGCAGCUUCCCCUUCGACUAUACGACCAUCAGCCGACUUCGUCGACAUCUAGUUUGCCAACCUGGCCAAAUCAACCUGCUGGUGCCGUCCCUCAUCCCUCGCCGAUCACGCUUCAGGACACAUCCUUCGAUUUUGGCUUCGACGAUGAGGUUGCGGAACAGAAUUCAAGUCAAGACCCAAUUACCAUGAAUACAGUAGUGGAUUACGGGCAAGACUCCUUUGUGGUGACACCCGAAGAAUUCCGGGAGCCUCUUGCUACUCCCAAAGGCAUACCCAGUCAUCAGAGCCCCUUGACGACAUUGCCCUCUCCUGGCUUGACUAUGCCUUCGUAUCCUGGUUCGCGGCGGCCGUCAACCACAGAGGAUCUUUCAACCAAUUUUAGCAACUUUGCCCUCGCAAGCAGUUCACCCAACUUGCUCGCAAACCGGCGGGCGUCAGAGGUAAUUUGUCCUCCACCAAGUGGUCCCCUCGAUAUCGCUGCCCGAAGAAAGCGACCUCGACCCGCUGCCCUGACCUCGGCGUCGCUUCGAAGUCGCUCCUAUGGAGCACUGACGUCGGCUUCCCCGACAUUCCGCCAGGGCCUCAUGAGUCCUCAAGGACCACAUAGUGUUCGACACGUCAAAUCGGCGGGUCAAAGCCUUCAUUCGCGAUAUGCAGGAAUUCGGAAAGCCAGUUCGGCUCAGAAGUCGCCCAUGUGUGCCUCAACUUUUGCCGAAGCAGAGACCUUGAACCAACUAAUGGCCCAGCAAGCAAUUGCAACGACGCCGCUGGGAGAAUUGCCAGAACCAUUGUUGUCACCGGGCCACGUCUCAAGCGGCUACAUGCUAGAUCCGGAAAAGAAUCCAUUCUUUGCACAAGCCAUUGACAUGCCCAGCCAGUAUACCAUGCGACCACCCCAAAACCUCUCGAUCACAACAGGGUCACCUCCAGUGACGCCGAUGAUGGCAGCCUUCAUGAGCAGAGCCCAGUCGCAACAAUCUCUCAUUCCUCCUCCCUCUGCUCCUCAAUUUGCGGCAUUCACCGACUACACACCUCCUUACUCAGCUGGUCCGCUUACCAACAGCAGCUGGUCAGAUGCUCCCUUGACAUCGCCGGAGAUUUCUUCGUUUCCUGUCACACAAUUUCCAUCCCUCGGGUUUCCACAUCAGUGUGAUGGCCUCAAUGGCCAAUUUCAACAAUAUGUUCUACCUUCCGACAAUACAUCUGAGGUGGACUUUGUUUCUCAUGUCGAUAAGAAGAAAACAGAAUUUUACAUCCAAGAGUUUCCAAAUCAAAAAGAGGAACUUGCACAUGUUGCUCAACAACUUGCUCAGCAAAAGCCCAAAAAUUACGUGUUUGCGAAUACUGCUCCUCAGGACUACACCAACACCUAG